AGUCCCGGUCUUUGUGAGCUAGGCGCUGUAACGCUAGCUGUCCCCGGACCCAGUCUAGAUGGUAUCUCACCUCGGACCAGGUCCUAAGAAGCCCCCGUCCCUUUCAGAUGCUAAUCUGAGUGGGUUCGGACCGUCAGACCAUCUGGAGCUCCUGUUGUGUUCCGGCUCUCAGGACACCGUGGUCCCUCUGAGAUCCGUUUACCGCGUCCCUCACUCAGCCCGGCCCGGAGGACAACAGUCUGGGACGGAGAUCGCAUUUCAAAGAUGUUAAAGCACAAACGGCUGCGGUCGUAACGUUGUGUUCUUUCACUCAGGAGCCGAUGAGAAGGGAGAUGGAGGAAGCCUUGUGUGUGUGAGCCAAAUGAAAGGAGCUGGCUCAGAGCGGACUUUAGACCCCAGUCGAGCAGCACUGGUUUUAGCAUUAGGAUCAGCAUUGGAAAUUGUAUUGGAGGAUGAGGUACAUUAAUAAAGUGUAUUAGUAGUAACGCAGAAUCAUAAAGCAGAAGGUGAUAAAGGAAGGCUGCAACAUAGUCACAAACCAAGUAGUACCGGUUCUACUAAUGGCCAUGGUGUUAGCAUUAGCAUUCAUGGAUCAUCUGAAAACCAAGUGAAAGGAACCACGGUCAUGAGGAGAACCUCCAUAGAACCUCCAUGAGGUCCCUGUCUCUACAAGGUCCUGAAGCCGCUGUUAUGGCCUCCAUCACACUCCGUUUCCACUGCAUGAACAAAGGUCUUUGAAGGAACCGGCAGAUGAAGAGAAUCCAUCUGCCGGUGAGUGGUGAAGGCCCGUCUUCAUCAGAACGCCAGGCGGGAACCUCAGGGAACCGUUCCUUCAAACACCGGCUUCUGCUGGACUCUGGAUGAUCCUAGGAAGGUCUGUCUGUAGUGAGACCCACGUCGACCAGUGGUGGGUCCAUUCUCUGCCACUAGAUAUGAACUCUAGGCUCCCCUUAUCCUGCAGGCAGUCCGUACACACAAACAUGCGUAUUAAAAGAUUAUCUCAUGAACACAACAGACAGUUUUUUGUCAGAGAGAAACCCAGUAGCCCGCUGAACUUGGGCUUCUCCCGUGAGACGCUGGCCAUUUGGAAGUCAAUGUCCACGUCAGCACAGAGCGCUAUUGUAGGGAACCCUACAAAGGAGGGCCCGUGUUGCCAUGGAGACCGUGGAGAAGGGGAGGUAAGAGGUUUAACGACGUUACCGGUAAAAGUAUAAAUAUCCUCACAAGCGUUGAAGGUGUUCGCUGCGAAGUGAGGGCGUGAGUUAUCAGUUGGAGAGCCAUGACGGUGCGUUGACCCCAUCCGACCGAUCAUCCCAUCGACAUACGCCAUGGCUUCUGUUUGGGUGCUUCUGACGCUGCUGCCUGUCGCAUGGACGUGCUCGCCCCAAAAAGCAGACUACGUGAUGGUCUCGUGUUUCCCCAACGCCAUCAUCGCCAACGUCCCUGAGUGUCCGUACGGCUGGGAGAUCGGACAGCUGUCCCUGGGAGGCGUGUGCUACACGGGCGCGGCCAGCGGUGGAUACUUCCGGUUCAUCAUCCCCGACCUCACGCCCAAGAACCACUCGUACUGCGGCACCACGGCCGAGUAUCUGCCGGGGAAAGACCCCAAGCACAUCUUCUACAACUCCAUCGUGUCCAACGACACCUCUCUGACGGUGAGGAACCAGCCGGUGAACUACACCUUCAGCUGCAGCUACCGGGCGGCCUACCUGGUCAACAACGCGGUGUUCAGCCAGAGAGUGGCCACAGUUUAUGUGAACAACGGCAGUUUAGGCACUUUUAAAUCGCAGUUGUCUAUGAACGUGUUCACGAACUCCAAGUUCCUGUACGCUAAGGACGCUCCCUACGUCAUCGACACCUCCGAGAUCGGCUCAGAGGUCUUCAUCGGCAUCGAGGCCAAAGGACUCAGUAACAGGUUUAAAGUGGUGAUCGGCAACUGCUGGGCCACGCCCACCCCGUAUUCAACAGACAAGAAGAGGUGGAGCCUCAUUCUGAACAGCUGCUCCUCUGACAACACGGUGACCAUAUUCGAGAACGCCAAGGACAGCCGCUCCAUGUUCAAGUUCAACUCCUUCCGCUUCCAGCGCUUCGAGAAGGUCUCCACGGUGUGGCUCCACUGUGAGAUCACCGUCUGUGACGGCGAGCGGCUCGUCUGCACGCCGAGUCCCUGCUCAUCCAGAACCCUGCGAUCGGAGGCGGAACCCAGUGGGGGGGUUCUUAGCACAGAGUUCCAGAUAAGAGGUACUCACACUGUGUCCCUGGAACGCUCCAUCACCUCCUCACGGAGAUAUCAGUAUGAAUGUCCUCUCACACUCCGGUCUUCCCCACAGCCCCCCGGACCGCCAGCAAGGCCCCCACAACAGAGGCCUCCGUCGGUCUGGUGUCGGUGGUGCUGGCCGGUCUGUUCGGUCUGAUGUACGGAUUUCAGCUGGAGGGACUGCAGUAAGGGAGCAGACAACACGGACCUUUCACUACUUUAUCCACUCCUUGUAUAUCCAUGACGCUCACUGCAUGUGUGCACACACGCACACACACACACACACACACACACACACACACACACACACACACACACACACACACACACACACACACACACACACACACACACACACAGAGU